GCCCCCGAGAAACUCACAUUUGAGACUGGAGGAGGCCCAAGGUCCCGCCGGCUCCUCCCGAACCGUCUUCAUCAUCAUCAUCAGACCGCCUGCACUUGCCGAUCCAGACCCGGAGGGUACUAAGGAGGAUGAGCUCUCGCAGUGUGUAGAGCCCGCUCCUGCCGAAAUCGACGCUCCAUUGGAUAGCGACGAUGAGCAUCCAUGGUCCAGAGGUAAAGAGGGUGAUCCCGAAGAGACCCCUCCGUUGCAUUUCGGGCACACCAUGCGGGUUGUCACGGAAGCUGUGAAACAUCUUGGGUGGCUCCCCGAGCCCGGGAUACCCAACGAUCCCUAUCACAAUGCUCAGCUAGAGAGGUCAAUAGAGUACUUCUGCGCAGCCCGGUCUUUCACAACACCGUGCCCAAAGCACCCAAACGAUGCACCGCACACAAUCGCCUUCAAGGAAGGUAAGACGUGCUACGAAGCAGCCAAUGGUGGACAAGCCUUUGACGGUCACCGCGUCCCCUUAGGCAUCUUUUGUGGGUGGCGGUUAGAUGCGGGUUUCAAGUUCAGAGGGGUGCACUUGGUGUUGGAUUACGAGUCGUUGCAGAACGAUGCCAAAGGCUGUGGGAGACCAAUCCAGGUUCAUGCCACCGAGCUAGUAGUUCCAGAAACCUUCGUUUUCCCAAUGUUUGAGGCCCAAGUUGAGCGACUGUCUCUGUUCCGCUCUGGCGCGAUGCUCCCUCCUAUCGACACGCAGGAAGCCUUGCCGUUCGAAGAGGGCGCGCCGGAACCCAGAGCCCGACAGAGGAAGACGUACAUCACGCUAGAAAGGGCCCUCAGAUUUGGCUACACCGUCGGUUGCAAGGGAUGCGACAGAAUCGGCGAGGGUGUUAAGCACACAGAUGCGUGCCAUGAGCGCUUCCGGAAGCUCCUUGAGGACGAGGCCUUAGCCAAGAAAGCACGGGAGGAAGAGAAAGCGAAAGCCGAAGCUUCCACUACCCCGAGUUUUGAGGCCUCAGCUCCACCACCUGUUGUCGAACCCAAGGCCGUCGCACCUGUUCCCAGCGCUUCCAAUGCUAUUUCUCGUGUGGCUUCCAACUGCCCUGAGAAAGGCGGAAGCGCAUUAGAAGAACAUGAGUUAGACUAUUGGGUAUUCGACAGGGACAGGGUCGCAUGGAAACGCGUUCAUGUCAAACCGCGCAAGAGAUUGUACACACCUGUAGGCCGCUCUUGUCCCUUCAAUUCCACUGAGCUUGUCCCAGCGCGUGAAACGCAGUGGAAGUGCAAGGGCCGCGUCUCCAACUUUUCCGAUAGUUGGCAUGACAAGAGCCCGAACCGUAGGAUCUCAUCCAAAAGUUGGGUAGGUGCAACAUGGUUCUUUCCCAAGGGUGAAAUUGAUAUCGCUCAGGCAGAACUUGAUACACUCAAGGCCAAUGCAGCCGAGCAGUUGAAAAGAUCGCCUGUCAAGGGGGGCGCUGCUGUUGCAUCCAUCCUGCAAAGCUUGGAGACUGAAUGUCCUGAGGCUAAGGCUAUGGUUGCUGAGACAUCCAAAGUUGUGAAAAAGGAGUCUGAAGGCACUUCCGCCCGCAACCACAAGCUGAGACUGCCCGGACAGGAAGUCAUGUUUGAGUUUUGCUGCGACGAGAACUCAACGUUGGGUCAAAUUUGCGACGAGUAUGAAAUAGAUCAUUUUCGGUUGACCGAGAAAAACUCAGACGUGUCACACCCAAAGCAGAUAGAGUUUGAGCCGUAA